CGCAGUGGCCUGCCAGGGCGCGCGGCCGCUUCUCCCAGCGCCCGGGGUUCCUCUUCGCUUCCGGUGUUCCCAGGGCGUUUCUGGGUCUCCGUCCCGGCCUCGGGGCUUGCGGCCCCCGUUACGUGCUGCCGCGCUCGCCGCGCGCCCCCGGCAGCGCCCGGGCAGCUGUGCCGGGAGCGGAGGUGCAGAAUGGCCCCGCGGCGAGCGCAGAGGCCCGGGGGCGUGAGCGAAGUUUAGUCAUGCAUUGAAGUGAAGUUGAAAUGCACUCUUGGGACUUUUGCAGGACCUGCCCGGAGGAGUACCGUUUGUGCUAAGUAUGAGACUCAUUCAUCUGAUGCAUUCUUACUAGAUUUUAAUUUAAUUUGAAAAAUGAGUAAAUUCAGAAAGCCACCCCUGGCUUCAGGCCCUGAGACAUUCAGCCCAGAUGUUCUUGCUGACAUUUUUGAACUCUUUGCCAAGAACUUUACUUAUGGCAAACCACUUAAUAAUGAGUGGCAGUUACCAGAUCUCAGUGAGAUUUUUACCUGUGACCACACGGAAUUUAAUGUGUUCCUUGAUUUGAAGAACUCCCUGAAUGAAGUGAAAAAUCUAUUAAGUGAUAAGAGACUGGACGAGUGGCAUGAGCACACCUCUUACACUAAUAAAGCUGGAAAAAUAAUUUCUCAUCUGAGAAAAUAUGUGAAUGCUGAACUUUGUACUCAAGCAUGGUGUAAGUUUCAUGAGAUUUUGUGCAGCUUUCCACUUGUUCCACAGGAAGCUUUUCAGAAUGGAAAAUUGAAUUCUCUACACCUUUGUGAAGCUCCUGGAGCUUUCAUAGCUAGUCUCAAUCACUACUUAAAGACUCAUCAAUUCCCUUGUGAGUGGAGUUGGGUGGCUAAUACUCUGAAUCCGUACCACGAAGCAAAUGACAAUCUGAUGAUGAUUAUGGAUGACCGACUAAUUGCAAAUACUUUGCAUGGUUGGUAUUUUGGGCCAGAUAAUACCGGUGAUAUCAUGACCUUGAAAUAUCUCACUGGACUUCAGAAUUUUAUAAGUGACAUGGCUCCCAUUCACUUGAUCACUGCAGAUGGGAGUUUUGACUGCCAGGGGAACCCGGGUGAACAAGAGGCAUUAGUCUCCUCUUUGCAGUACUGCGAAGUUGUCACUGCUCUGAUGACCCUUGGCAACGGUGGCUCUUUUGUGUUGAAGAUGUUUACUUUGUUUGAACACUGUUCCAUUAACCUGAUGUACCUGCUAAACUGUUCCUUUGAUCAAGUCCAUGUUUUCAAACCUGCUACUAGCAAGGCAGGGAACUCAGAAGUCUAUGUAGUCUGUCUUCACUAUAAAGGCAGAGAAGCCAUCCAGCCUCUGUUAUCGAAAAUGGUGCUGUAUUUUGGGACUGAAAUGACCACCAAAGCUCUGUUUCCCCAUCAUAUGAUUCCUGAAUCUUUUCUAAAAAGACAUGAAGAAUGUUGUGUGUUCUUUCAUAAAUAUCAGCUAGAUACUAUUUCUGCGAACAUUCGUCUGUUUGAGUACAUGGGAAAAGAGGAACAAGCAAAGUUAAAUAAUUUAAGGGACUGUGCUGUCCAGUACUUCAUGCAAAAGUUUCAAUUGAAACCGCUUUCCAAAAAUAAUUGGCUAGUGAAAAAAUCUAGUACUGGUUGUCAUACAAAUACAAAAUGGUUUGGGCAGAGGAACAGAUAUUUUAAAACCUAUAAUGAAAGGAAAAUGCUGGAAACUCUUUCAUGGAAAGAUAAGGUGGCCAAAGGAUACUUUAAUAGUUGGGCUGAAGAACACAUUGUAUACAAUCCUGGACAAAAUUCUCUUCUUGAAGGAGCAGAUCCCAAUCUGGAGUGUCACUUAUGGCAUAUUUUAGAGGGAAAGAAGCUGCCAAAGGUAAAGUGUUCUCCUUUCUGUGAUGGUGAAAUUUUGAAGGCUCUGAAUGAAGCAAUUGAAAAGUCCUUAGGAGGUGCUUUGAAUUUAGAUUCCAAGGUUAGACCAGAACAGCAGUAUUGUUGUUCCUGUCAUGUCUUUUCUGAAGAACUGCUGUUUUCAGAGUUGGUUAGCCUUGCCAAGUGCCUUCAGGAUGAGCAGGUUGUUGAACCUGUCAGCCAAAUGAAGUGCCUCCUUGUUGGGUUGCCAGCCCUCAGUGAUACCAAGGUGCAUAUGCCUUUGGAAGUUCUGCACCUGGAAUCAGCUAGACUCAUGACUUUUAGCUCUUCCUUGCUUCAUGAUGGAGACCCAGCUUACCAGCAGUUAUUUUUGGACUGCCUCCUACAUUCACUGCAGCAGCUUCAUAGAGGAGAUGCUAUGAUUUUACCUAUACUGUCCUGUUUUACAAGAUUUAUGGCUGGUUUGAUCUUUUUACUCCAUAACUGUUUUAGGUUCAUCACUUUUUCUUGUCCCACAUCCUCCGAGCCCCUGAAGACCUGUGCGGUCCUGCUCUGUGUUGGUUAUCAGGACCUUCCAAAUCCAGUCUUUGAGUAUCUGCAGAAUUUGAAUGAAUUAUUGAGUGCUUUACUUAGCUCUAAUGCACAAGAGCAAGUUUUACAGUUUGUGCCAAUAGAGGUGCUCCUUAAGGGGACACUACUUGACUUUUUGUGGGAUUUGAAUGCUGCCAUUGGUAAAAGACAUUUGCAUUUGAUUAUUCAAAGAGAGCGAGAAGAAAUCCUCCAGCUAUAAAACUGAACUGGUCUUGGGGCUGGAGUGAUAGCACAGGUAGGGUGUUUGCCUUGCAUGCGGCCAACCCGGGUUCGAAUCCCAGCAUCCCAUAUGGUUCCCUGAGCACCGCCAGGAGUAAUUCCUGAGUGUAGAACCAGGAGUAACCCCUGUGCAUCGCAAGGUGUGACCCAAAAAGCAAAAAAAAACAAAAAACAAAAAACUGAACUGGUCUUUUCUGGGAUUUGACUUUGUGGUCUAACAUUUUCCAAUAUUAUUGCAUUCCUUGCUGUAUGUAAAGCUCUACAUUUUGGAGAAAGGCAAACUUUUACAAUAUUUAUAGUCUGUUUCACAGAAAAGCACCUACUUCUGAUCUCUCACCUGCAUAUGGUGUUUAUACGAUGAUAACCUCAAACAUGACGUGUGUUGGUAGGUCUGGGGUGGUCACACCUCUACCUGCAGAGGCAGCUUUGCUGGUCUCAUGUACCUGCUUAAUAUUUGCACCAGUGUGCCUUCAUUCAGAUUAGAUUACUCGCCCCCCCCACCACCACCAUCGGAUAAUUUCUGCUGAAUGUUAAUGCUGUUAAAGAAUUGAAAAGAGAUUGGUUAGAGAUUGAUUAGAGGUCUUUGGUGGAAGAGGGAUUAGGACUAGGAAGACAGCUCAAAAUGUAGAAAAUAUGCCUAGCAUGUAUAAUGCCCUGAGUCCUCACGGUGCAUGUCAGAGUGUCACGCCUGAGCAUCCCCUGAUUGGCCCUGAUGGCACCACAUUGUCCAGCCACCAAACUGCCAGGCCCAUACAGCUGGCUUGAAUGGCCCCUGUGUUUUUUUUUUUUAAAGGAAGAGGGUUAUUUACUCCUCAGCACCAUUAAUUUUCCUCAGCACCAUGCUGUUAGAGAUUCAGGGUGCUCAUCUGGCCAGAUUUCUUGACAUGUUCUUCAAGGCCAUUUACUAUCUUCAAGCCAUUGACCCAGUUUACUUAUUUGUGUGGCUAAAUGCAGCUGUUUGCUGUUUCAUAAACACUUCACUAGCUGCAGUCAUCCAACAUGAAAGGAUUCCAGGACAACUUCAAACCAAAGAUCAUGUUUGAAAUAAUAAAAAAUUCUACAUAACAUAAUCCUCAAUCAUGAAAAACUAUUUAGUGGUGGUAUCAUUAUUUUUAUCUUCUAGGAAACAAUCAGUGAACUAAAAGAUUUUUUUAAACUAUAAAACAUUGUUUGUGACUUAAUAUUGAGGACAUAUGAAUAUGAUGAAUAUAGUGAAUACUGAAAAUUAAUUGUAAUGCUUUUAGAAAAUUGAUUUAGUAUAAAAAAUUUCUUCAUCUUGGGCCGUGGAUGUGGCUCAGUGGUAGAACACAAGUCUAAUAUGUGUGGGGCCCUGUUUUAAUCCCUGACACUGCAAAAGCAAAAAUCAAACCUUCAUCUUCACUGAUUUUUUUUUUUUUACUGUAAAAGUAGCUCUUUGCUAAAAGAUAAACCUCAUGAUGAUUGUUUUGCCGGCCAAAACUUCCUUUAAAUUAUAUGUAAAUGACAGUUUAAAUUAACUUUCCUGGCAUACCUAUGAAACAAGUGUUCAUUGCAUUGAAUCUCCACAAAGAAGAAUACACACAAUAUACAUUUUAGACAUUUUUGUUAGUUGUGUGAAAAAUAGAUGUAUAUCUGAUGUAUUUGGUUGCUAAAUAUUAAUUUGAAAAAAUUUUCAUGUUCUUUGCUAUUUUGAGUUCCAUUAUAAUUCAUGAAUAAAGUCAUUAGUCGAGA